AUGCUUAAAAUCGGCUCUUAAAAAGAAACCCCCUAAGACUCAAUUUGUGAGUUUCAGAAGGCAGCAUUCCUCUUAUUACGAUGUCGGACGUACGAGAAUAUUUCUUCAAAAGCGCGCGUUCCCUUAGAGAUUUUACGGCCGCGUCGGUGCGGGGCCGGGGGCCGUCAGUGCGGGGCUGUCGGUGCAGGGUUGGGGGCUGUCGGUGCGGAGCUGGGGCCGUCGGUGCGGGGCUGUCGGUGCAGGGUUGGGGGCUGUCGGUGCGGAGCUGGGGCCGUCGGUGCGGGGCGCUGCGGGGCGCGGCCCCUUUAAGGCGGCGGGUUCCCUGCGCCGCCCGCCCGGCGGAGUCACCGCCCGGGGAGCGGCGGCGUCACGUGGGGCCGCGGCGGCCUCGUGACCGGGCGCGAGCGCAGCACCGGGGCCGCCGCUCCCGCCCCGCGCUCCCCGCGCGCUCCCGCCCCCCCCUCCGCGCGGGCCCCUCACGCCGCCGCCGCCGCCCCCCCCACCCCCGAGCUCCGGCGCCCCCGGGCGGGGCGGGGCGGGCGGCGCCGCUUCCUCUGCCGGGCACCCCCCCCUCCCGUCCGCGGGGAACGAGGCAGCGCCGCCGGCCCAGCAUGGACAGCAAGCCGCUGCUGCAGGAGCGGCCGCCCGCCUACAGCCCCGCCGCGCCGCCGGGCGCGCCGGGAUACGACUACGGGCACGGCAACUACGGCGCCAUCCCCGCCCCGCAGCCCGGCUUCCAGCCGCCCCCGCCGUACCCCUACCCGGGCACCGCGCCCGCCGCAGGGUAUGCUGUUCCUCCACCGACAUCACAGCCCAACUAUUCGAGCACGUACACCAUUAUUCAACAGCCUGCUACCACCACUUCUGUGGUAGUAGUUGGUGGCUGUCCUGCCUGCAGGGUUGGCGUGUUGGAGGACACCUUCACCUGUCUUGGUGUUUUGUGUGCCAUUGUAUUCUUUCCAAUUGGGAUUCUGUUCUGCCUUGCACUGAGGCAGAGAAGAUGCCCUAAUUGUGGGGCAGCUUUUGGCUGAGGGGAUGAACGUGGCCGGGCUUAUGGAAGCUACAACUGUUAGCGUACUCUUUCUAAUGUAAAUGUCAUGUACAAUCAUGUUAUUUGCUUCAGACCUGUUUUGUAAAGUGUGAAGAAAUUUAGUCUCUUGCAUGUAAUUUAAACUUAAUCUUUUAUGAGCAUGUGCAUUGCAAAACAUGAAAACCUGACUUGUUUUCCAUGUUUAGUGGCACCUGUUGAAAACUAAAUAAAACUGCUUUUCCUUUUGCAAUCCUCAA